UCGGCAAAAAGCACAAGAAGCUACCCCUUGCCGGGCAUCCACCUCGACACAAGUGUAUUUGGAGGCUGAUUCUCCCUGGCACCUGAACUCACCUCGGAGCCAGUACCUUGAAAAGUCAAGGUUCCGCAAAUCGUAUUAUAUGACGGGACUUCAAAUCUCGAUUCUCAUCUCGGUCAUUAUACCUCAUGGAUGGAUCUUCAUGGAGCCUCGAACGCACUCCAAUCUCGUAUGUUUUCUCUCACUCUGGGGACCUGGGCUCAAAAAUGGUACCACUCCUUACCCCCUCACUCUAUUUGGAAGUGGCAACAAUUAUGGUCGGCUUUCCGAUGUCACUUUAUUGGGGCCCAAAGACCGAUCCCCGAGUUCAAAACAAGUCAUAGUUUAUCGAGUGAAUACCAACAAUUCAAGAGUUGUUUCAUUUCGACAUCAAAUAAAAGCCUAUGCUCGACAGGCCCACAAUUCGGGUAAACAAGUUUUCACUAUCGACUUACGAGAUGUGAUUAAUGCCCGAAAUUGUCCUAUUACCUUCAACAUAGAGGAUGUGAACUUCUUUGCUCAUCCUCACUCUGAUGCCUUAGUCAUCACUGUUCCGAUAUGUGGAAUUCAUGUUAAACGUGUUAUGGUUGACACCGGGGCCUAUUCAAGCAUUUUGAUGCUGAAAGCUUUUAACAAAAUGGGCCUCGAUCCUGCUGAUAUUCAACAUU